AUGUCCACCCCCUCCGCCCCACAGUCCGUCGUCAAUGGGGCGCCGUCGGGUAAAACGUCAAACGUGACCCCGCGCGUCCGUUUCCAUGCCAUCGACGACGCGGAGGGAAUUUGGAGGUACAGCGCCGGGGGCUACCUCCCUGUGGCCGUUGGUGACCGACUCGGCGAUCGUUAUCAAGUCGUCCAUAAGCUUGGCCAUGGCAGCUACUCGACGGUCUGCACUGCAGAUGCAAGCCCGCGCGAAUCCGAGAUCCUGUCCCUCUUGGGGAAGAGUCCGUUAGACGGCACCGCUAGCCACGUCGUCGCCGGCGGAAAGGAAAUGAUCCCAUCGGUUCUCGACGAAUUCCGCGUCACUGGCCCGCAUGGCACGCACACAUGCCUAGUCACUCCGCCUGCGAGAUCAAGUGUGGCACAGACGCGCCUGAGCUCGUUCAACCGCCCAUUUCGACUGGAUGUGGCCCGCGCCAUUGCCGCGCAGCUCAUACUCGCUGUCUCAUACAUACACAGCAAAGGCAUCGUCCACGGCGAUCUUCAUUUGGGAAACGUGCUCCUCAAGAUGCCCCUAGAUUUUGCCCGCCUAUCUGACGAAGAGCUGUACGAGGAGUGGGGGGGGCCGGAGCUCGAGCCUGUCACCACAUUCAACGGUGCGCCGAUUCCGCCUGGUGUGCCGUCACAUGCUGUCCUUCCCAUCAAUCUCAUUACCCGCUGCGAUGAGCUACCCCUCGCGGAUGCUCACAUCGUAGUGACAGACUUCGGCGAGGCAUUCUUCCCUGCGCGGGAAUCAAAAACCGAGUGCAGUACACCGACGCACUGUCGCCCACCAGAGUGUCGGUUCGAGCCCUUAGAGCCGCGGUCGUUCCCGAGCGAUAUCUGGACCCUCGCUUGCUCAGUCUGGGGUAUCAUCGGUCAGCGAUCGCUGUUCGAGAUGAUCAUGAGCAGCGAGGAUGAUACGACCGUGCUGCAGGUCGACGCGCUUGGAAAGCCCCCAGAUAACUGGUGGGAGCGGUGGGAUGCACGACUGGAUAACUUCACCGAGGACGGCCAGCCGAAGAACGAUAGGCCGGAUCCUAUCAGCACGCUCGAAAGCGAGUUCAGAGCGCGAUACAGAGGAGGCGUCGAGAGUCUGGAAUGGAGAUCAUAG